UUGUUUAUGUGUGUGUCUGAAUACACAAAUUUGCUCAGACUUCCUCAGUGCAGCCAGUCUGGUGUGAGCAACCAGGGCUUUAGCAAUGUCUACUCUUCUGCUGGUUGUGGGUGUUGUUGUAGGGUUUGCUUACAUUUACCGCCAUGUUGUGGUUAAGGGAAAGCGGUGCACAAGUAAAGCAAGGCUGGAUGGGAAAACUGUGAUUGUGACCGGCAGCAAUACAGGCAUUGGGAAGACUACAGCCAUAGAUCUGGCAAAAAGAGGAGCUAGAGUUAUCCUGGCCUGUCGGAGUAAGCAGAGGGGAGAGGCUGCUCUUGAGGACAUCAAGAGGGAGAGUGGGAGUAAUCAGGUGGUGUUCAUGCAGUUGGAUUUGGGGAGUCUCAAGUCUGUCCGCAGCUUUGCCGAAAACUUCCUGAAAUCUGAACCCAGACUGGACAUCCUCAUCAACAAUGCAGGUAUUUACCUACAGGGUCGAACAGAGGAUGGACUGGGGAUGAUGUUUGGUGUCAAUCACAUUGGUCAUUUCCUGUUAACAAACCUGUUACUGGAUCGUCUGAAGGAGUGUGAACCGAGCAGGGUGGUCAAUGUGUCAUCCGUGGGACAUUGCUUUGGAAAAAUUGAUUUUGACUGCCUGAACACCAACAAAGCUCUGGGACUGGGGACCUCAUUCAUGGAGGUCUUUCAGGUCUACACCGAUAGCAAGCUGUGCAACGUCCUCUUCACACAUGAGCUGGCCAAAAGACUGCAGGGAACCAAGGUCACCUGUUACUCCCUCCAUCCAGGAGCUAUCAAAUCUGAGCUGGCAAGGAACACUAGCUCUGUACUGCAAUUGGUCCUGAUACCCCUGACUGCGUUUUUCUUCAAAAACACCGUCCAGGGAUCCCAGACCACCCUGCACUGUGCUGUCCAGGAGGGGAUCGAACAUCUCAGCGGGCGUUACUUCUCCAACUGCACUGUGAGAGAAGUCUAUCCUAAAGCCAAGGAUGACGCUGUGGCAAAGAAGCUGUGGGAGCUCAGUGAGAGACUGUGUGGUCUCGCAUAAAAAGCUUACCAUCAGAUUCCUCAUAUUGGGUGUCAGAAUUUCUGUUGGAUAUUAAUCAUGGGAGGAUAUCCUUCAAAGUACCUGAUACCUAACAGGAAAAGUUUAGCUGGCAGGCAAGAUAUGGUAAUGUAAGGUAAAGGUCUGGCACGUCAUUCACUGCUAAGGGCUUAAAUAAGAAUAGAGCCAGUCUGACUAUACAGACUAGUUGCCAUGACUCAAUAACUUUUGCUAUUCAUGUUGGUGAUUAUUUUCCAUGUUGUAUGCAGAAGAUAUGUACUCACAGCUAAAGUAAUCACAGAUUAUGUGUAACAGCUUGUUAAAAUUUAAUAUAUCCACAGAUUUUUGACUGCAUUUAUUUCAAUUACCAAUGCCCAAUAUAAAUAAACAAGUUACUUUUA